AUGGUUCUUUCAGGUGCAGGUUCAGGAUCAGUCUUAUCAGUAUCAUUGAGUGGUGGAACAAGAAAACCAAUCGGUUCACAACCUAUUUCUCAAAGACCAUUUUCCAGACCUCCAUCAUCAUCACUUCCAACAUCUAAUCGUAAGUAA